ACAGUGGUGGUGGCGGCGCGUUGCGUUUCAGAGUUGUGUGCUGGGUCUUGGUAGUGUAUGAGUGGUGGUGUCAAAUCCAAUGUUUGAAGUGUGAAUGCAAAUACAGUUACCUGCAGAAGAUGUGAAUGACGACGUUCGUAUUUAAAACAACCCCCGACUCCGGCUUACUGUCAUGGCAUCAGUCAGGUCACCAAGGCUGCCCUUGCGGCUCUUAGACCUUUGCAGGCCCAAACAGCAUGGUUGUCUCACCAGCUCGCAGCUUGUGGAUGCUGCACAGGCAGCUGAAAACACAGCGAUCCCUUUGGAGCUUCCUGGUGAAGCUCGUGUGAUCAUCUGUGGAGGUGGUGUGGUAGGCUGCUCUGUGGCAUAUCAUUUGGCUAGAGACCAUGGCCUCACUGAUGUUGUUGUGCUUGAGAAAGGAGUGAUUGGGGGUGGCUCAACUAAGCAUGGUGCUGGUCUCUUGGGGCAGCUGAAGGCCACAACCAUAGAGUGCAGAGUCUCGAAGUACAGCAUUCAGCUGUAUAAAGAGUUUGAAAGUAGAGGCUUUGACACAGGAUGGAACCAGUGUGGAAGUCUUCUUCUCGCUCGCACAAAAGACCGCCUCUUUUACUUCAAGAGACUAGCAGCAAUGGCAGCGUCACUAAACCUUGAGUGCCAUUUGCUGUCUCCAACAGAGGUACAGUCAAAGGCUCCCGACAUCACAACCGAGUUGUUAGAAGGCGCACUGUGGGUGCCUGGUGAUGGCGUGGCAGACCCUUCGCUUGUCUGCAAAGUACUCGCUCAACAAGCAUCAGAGAUGGGCAUAAAAAUUGUAGAAGGUUGCUCUGUUGAAAAAGUCACUGCACAUGGCCACCAGAAUGUGCAUGAUGUGGAAACAAACUGGGGAACUAUACGCUGUGAAUAUUUUGUGAACUCGGCUGGAUAUUUUGGCCGGCACCUUGGUAAAAUGAGCAUACCUGAAGUUAAGGUUCCUCUGUACCCAUGUGAGCACCACUUCCUCCAUACCUUGCCUGUGAAAGGCAUGGAUCCUGACAUGCCUGUGAUUCAUGACUGUGAUGGCCACUUCUACUUGAGAGCACAUGAAGGAGCGUAUCUUGCUGGUGGCUUUGAACCACAAUGUAAGCCAGCUGAUCUGAGCAUCCUUCCAUCUGGAGAACUGGGAACACUUCCAGAAGACUGGGAUCAGUUCUAUGUCCUGUUGAAGGAAAUUCUUUUUCGUUUUCCAAAACUGGGAAACGUGGCAGUGGACAGACUUUACAAUUGCCCUGAAAGCUUUACGCCUGAUUGUCGUUGGAUCAUAGGAGAAGCUCCUGAGGCGAAGAACUAUUUUGUAGCCUCUGGAAUGAAGUCUGUUGGCAUUGAGGCUGCCGGCGGCUUGGGUGAAGUCACAGCUGAGUGGAUUGCAAAAGGAGAGCCAAAGCUUGACCUGUGGGACAUUGACAUACGGAGGUUCAUUGGGAUUCAUAACAAUGCUCAUUUUCUUCGAGACCGCAUGACUGAGGCACCAGGCAUGCAUUACAAGCUGUGUUAUCCUUUUGUGGAAUUUCAAACUGGCCGAGAGCUGCGUAUGUCACCCAUAUAUCCUCGUCUCAAACUGGCUGGAGCUGUUUUUGGGCAAACAAUGGGUUAUGAAAGGCCUCACUAUUACACAUCCAGUGAUCCAAACAUUCUGACAGGAACAGACCUGCCUUCAGCUAAAGUUGAUGUAUAUGGAAAGCCACCAUGGUUUGAUGCAGUAAAAUCUGAGUAUGAAGCCUGUCGAGAAAGGGUUGCUCUUCUGGACUAUUCCUCUUUCACCAAAUUGGAAGUUUGGUCUCCUGGUAGUGAGGUGGUUGAUCUGCUGCAGUACUUGUGUUCAAAUGAUAUCGAUAUCCCCGUGGGAAGCAUUGUUAAUACUGGUAUGCAAAACCAUUGGGGUGGCUAUGAAAAUGACUGCAGCCUUGUGAGGCUCGAGAAAAACAGGUAUAUGAUAGUGGCACCAACCAAGCAGCAGAUGCGCUGCCAGACAUGGAUUCGUCGCCAUGUGCCGUAUGACAGCCCUAUUGUCAUUGCUGAUGUCACAUCUAUGUACACUGCUAUCUGCAUCAUGGGCCAGCGAGCACCAAACCUCAUGUCAGAACUUACUGACACCUCAUUAACAUCCAAAGACUUUCCACUCUUCACAUGGAAAGAGCUUGACCUAGGUUUGGCCAGUGGCAUCAAGGUUUUUCACAUGACGCACACUGGAGACAGAGGAUGGGUCUUGUACAUACCUAAUGAGUAUGCUCUUCAUGUAUAUGACAGAAUUCUCGAAGUGGGUCAAAAGUAUGGAAUUCAACAUGCUGGUUACUUUGCAAUGAGGACGCUUCGCAUUGAGAAGUUUUUUGCCUUCUGGGGAAAGGACCUGGAUUGCACAACAACACCAUUCGAGUGUGGACGAGCCUUCAGGGUGAAGUUUGAUAAAGACUUUCUUGGAAAGGAAGCUCUGUUGCAGCAGAAGAAAGCGGGUGUGACUCGACGGUAUGUGCAACUACUGCUCAAAGAUCACGACCCUGACUAUGACCCGUGGCCUUGGGGUGGUGAGCCCAUCUUGUUUGAAGACCGUUGCAUUGGCAUGACAUCCACCACCUGUUAUGGAUUUACACUUGGUGGACAGGUGUGCCUGGGCUUUGUGGAAAACAAGGACGAGAAUGGUGUGCCACAGGUGCUGACGAAUGACUUCAUCUUGAAGAAUGAAUUUUGGGUCGACAUUGCAGGCCACAAGUUCGCAGCUCGAGCAAACAUUCAUUCACCAUCUUUGGCUUAUCAGGAAGCUUUCUGCUGCCAACUUGGUUUUGCAGUGUCUUCGGGUUUGGCCCACAUCUGAAUAAAAGACAAUGUCACGUGAUGUCAUAAUGAUGUGACUUAGUUGUGCAAUAAAGGAUGCAACAAAUGAUGAUAA